AUGGACGACUGGGUGGCGCUCUCCAAACCGCACGGCGGCCUCGCGGACCGCAUCCGCAGGGUGCGGGCCGACCUGGGCGACCUCGACGACUUUUACCGCGUCUCGGUGGCCCCGUCGAGGCACGCGCGCCUGCAGCGCUUCUACGCCGACGAGCUCGCGUCGCUGGCGGCCGUCGAGUUUGGCGCCCUCGACCAGCAGGAGCGCGUCGACUACAUCCUGCUCAAGAAGCACCUGCAGCGCGGCGCCCGGCAGCUGCGCGCGGCGCGGGAGGCGCUCGACGGCUUCCGGGUGCUGCUCCCGUUUGCCGACGCCGUCGUCGCCCUCUGCGAGCGCAGGGAGCACGUCGAGCCCAUGGACGCCGAAACGACGGCCCGGCAGCUCGACGGCAUCGCGGCGUCGGUGGCGGCCGUGGCGAAGCGGGUGCGCGCCCACGAGGUCCGCGUCAGCAAGACGGACGCGUACCGGGCGUCCAAGGUGAUUCGCGAGCUCCGCGGCCACCUCGAGGAGCUCCACGGCUUCUACGCGUCCUACGACCCCCUCUUCGACUGGUGGUGCGCGACGCCCUGGCGCGCCGCCGACGCCGCCCUCGCCGACUACCUGCCGCUGGUCGAGACGGCGCUCGCGGGCCUGCGCGACGACGGCACCGGCGACAUCAUCGGCGAGCCCAUCGGCCGCGCGGCGCUGCUGCGCGAGCUCGAGGCCGAGGUGCUGGCGUACUCGCCCGAGGAGCUGGUGCGCAUCGCCCGCGAGCACUUUGCCUGGUGCGAGGCCGAGAUGCGGCGCGCGGCGCGCGAGCUCGGCUUCGGCGACGACUGGAAGCGCGCCAUGGACGAGCACGUCAAGACGCGGUCGGCGCCCCCCGGCGGGCAGACGCAGCUGGUGCGGAAGCUCGCGCGCGAGGCCGCCGACUACGUGCGCGCGCACGACCUCGUCACGGUGCCGCCCGUGGCCGAGGAGACGAUCCGCAUGUUCAUGAUGAGCCCCACGGCGCAGCGCGUCAACCCCUUCUUCCUCGGCGGGCCCGCCAUCAUCGUGUCGUACCCGACGGCCGACAUGGGCUACGGGCUCAAGCAGAUGGUGAUGCGCGGCAACAACCGCCACUUUUCCAAGGCGACGGCCUUUCACGAGCUGAUCCCGGGCCACCGCCUGCAGCUCUUCAUGGCCGCGCGGCACCGCAGCCACCGCCAGCUGUUCCAGACGCCCUUUUUCGUCGAGGGCUGGGCCACGUACUGGGAGCUGGUGCUGUGGGAGCGCGGCGAUUUCUUCACGUCGCCCGAGGACCGCAUCGGGACGCUGUUUUGGCGCAUGCACCGGUGCGCGCGCAUCGUGCUGUCGCUGGGCUUCCACCUCGGCGACGUGCAGCCGCAGGAGUGCGUCGACCGCCUGGUCUCGUGGGUCGGCCACGAGCGCGCGACGGCCGAGGGCGAGGUCCGCCGCUGGCUCAACGGCGACUACCCGCCGCUGUACCAGUGCGGCUACCUGGUGGGCGCGCUGCAGCUGCACGCGCUGCGCCGCGAGGCCCUCGAGGGGGGGAUGGCCGAGCGCGACCUCAACGACACGCUGCUGCGGUGCGGCGCGGUGCCCCCGGAGCUGGCGAGGGCGGCGGUCAUGGGGACGGAGCUGGACGAGGAAUACGAGGCGCGCUGGCGCUUCUACGCGUGGGGGAGGUCACAGUCGGACUCGUCUUUACAGUGA